GCUCUGGGGACCCUCCGUCCGUCCCGCCCUCCCAGUCCCGGCAGCAGGGAAGACCUGAGCUCAUCUAGCUGGUGUUGGCUUAGGGUCUGGGAGGAAGGGCUUCUGGGAAGAUGUAAAUAAGAACAAAAUCUGCAGCCACCUGGGAAGCCUGACCUCAGUGUGGAAGAGAAGGCAGCAGGGUUAUUACAGAACCUCGUGAAACCAACGCGGGCAGCCGCCAGGAGCUGCAGACCCAGAGGAUCUCCUCCUUUCUUGCGGCCCAGGGAGACCAGGGCCUUUCAUUCUGGGCUCAAGAUCAACAAUUCGAAUUCCGAACUCCCCCUGCGUGUGGGGCUCAAGGUUGCCCAGGGCUCACCUCUGAUGGGCGGGCAGGUGAGCGCUUCCAACAGCUUCUCGAGGCUGCGCUGCAGAAAUGCCAACGAGGACUGGAUGUCGGCACUGUGUCCUCGGCUCUGGGAUGUGCCCCUCCACCACCUCUCCAUCCCAGGGAGCCACGACACGAUGACCUACUGCCUGAACAAGAAGUCCCCCAUUUCGCACGAGGAGUCCCGGCUGCUGCAGCUGCUGAACAAGGCCUUCCCCUGCAUCACGCGCCCCGUCGUGCUGAAAUGGUCCGUCACCCAGGCGCUGGACGUCACGGAGCAGCUGGACGCCGGGGUGCGGUACCUGGACCUGCGGAUCGCUCACAUGCUGGAGGGCUCGGAGAAGAACCUGCACUUUGUCCAUAUGGUGUACACAACGGCGCUGGUGGAGGACACGCUCACGGAAAUCUCGGAGUGGCUGGAGCAGCACCCGCGCGAGGUGGUCAUCCUGGCCUGCAGGAACUUCGAGGGGCUGAGCGAGGACCUGCACGAGUACCUGGUCGCCUGUAUCAAGAACAUCUUCGGGGACAUGCUGUGUCCUCGUGGGGAGGUGCCGACGCUGCGGCAGCUGUGGUCCCGGGGCCAGCAGGUCAUCGUCUCCUAUGAGGACGAGAGCUCCUUGGGCCGGCACCACGAGCUGUGGCCAGGAGUCCCCUACUGGUGGGGAAACAGGGUGAAGACCGAGGCCCUCAUCCGAUACCUGGAGACCAUGAAGAGCUGCGGCCGCCCAGGAGGGUUGUUCGUGGCCGGCAUCAACCUCACGGAGAACCUGCAGUACGUUCUGGCGCACCCGUCCGAGUCCUUGGAGAAGAUGACGCUGCCCAACCUUCCGCAGCUGAGCGCGUGGGUCCGAGAGCAGCGCCCGGGGCCGGGUUCACGGUGCACCAACAUCAUCGCGGGGGACUUCAUCGGCGCAGACAGCUUCGUCAGUGACGUCAUCGCGCUCAACCAGAAGCUGCUGUGGUGCUGACGGGACCCUUGUGAAGUUCGGGACGCGGCGGCUGCAGUUUCACCCCCGACUUUCCAAGUAUUGUGACUUUGUUUGGGCCAAAUAUUAGUGAUCAUAGGACCGAUGAUAAUACGUUUUCUUUUUAAUAGAGAUGGGGUGGCCGGGCAUGGUGACUCACGCCUGUCAUCCCAGCACUUUGGGAGGUUGAGGCGGGUGGAUCACGAGGUCAGGAGUUCCUGACCAACCAGGAGGUGCCUGACCAACAUGGUGAAACCCCGUCUCUACUAAAAAUACAAAAAUUAGCUGGGUGUGGUGGCGGGCACCUGUAGUCCCAGUUACUCAGGAGGCUGAGGCAGGAGAAUCGCUUGAACCCGGGAGGCGGAGGUUGCAUUGAGCUGAGAUCACACCAUUGUACUCCAGCCUGGAUGACAGACAGAGACUCCAUCUCAAAAAAAAAAAAAAAGAUGAGGUCUAUGUUGGCCAGGUUGGUCUUGAACUCCUGGCCUCAAGUGAUCCUCCCACCUCAGCCUCCCAAAGUGCUGGGAUGACAGGCGUGAACCACCACGGCAGCCCAUAAUAUGUUUUCUUAUUUCUGUAUUAUUCUUGCUGUGGCGUCUGGAGCCCUUACAGACCCAGGGAGACACUACCCUCCCAACAGCUAAUUACUAAACACAGUAACAACCCACUUAGGAGCCGGCCUCCCCUGUCAGCCAAUCCCUCGGCUAGUUCUCACACCAAGCCUAUAUAUAUGUGUAUGUGUGUGUAUAUAUAUGUGUAUAUAUGUGUAUUUAUAUGUGUAUACAUGUGUAUGUGUACGUAUACAUGUAUCCAUAUACAUGUACGUAUAUACAUGUCCAUACAUAUACAUGUACGUAUAUACAUGUCCAUACAUAUGCAUGUACGUAUACAUGUAUUCAUACAUAUACAUGUACAUGUAUACGUGUAUACAUGUACAUAUAUAUGUGUAUAUGUACAUAUGCACAUGUAUAUACAUAUAUACACAAAUAUACAUAUAUACGUAUGUGUGUAUAUAUAUAUAUAUUUUUUGAGAUGGAGUUUUGCUCGUUACCAUGGCUGGAGUGCAAUGGUGAGAUCUCGGCUCACCGCAACCUCCGCCUCCCAGGUUCAAGCGAUUCUCCUGCCUCAGCUUCCCGAGUAGCUGGGAUUACAGGCAUGUGCCACCACAUCUGGCUAAUUUCGUAUUUUUAGUAGAGAUGGGGCUUCUCCGUGUUCGUCAGGCUGGCCUCAAACUUCCGACCUCAGGUGAUCCACCCACCUGGACCUCCCAAAGUGCUGGGAUUACAGGCGUGAGCCACUGUGCCUGGCCGCCGAUAUUUCUUUAAAUUAUUUUUAGGGACAGGGUCUUGCUCUGUCAUCCAGGCCGGAGGGCAGUGGUACCGUCAUAGCUCACUGCAGCCUCAACCUCCUGGGCUCAAGUGAUCCUCUCAGCUCAGCCUCCCGAGUAGCUGGGACUCCAGGGACACACCCCCACUCCCGGCUAAUUUUUGUAUUUUUGGUAGAGACGGGGUUUCACCACGUUGCACAGUCUGGUCUCAAAUUCCUGGGCUCCAGUGAUCCUCCCACUUUAGCAUCCAAAGUAGCCAGGAUCACAGGCAUGCACCACUAUGCCCAGGUAAUUUUAUUUUUUUGUAGAGACGUGGUCUGGCUAUGUUGUGCAGGGUGGUCUCAAACUCCUGGGCUCAACUGAUCCUCCCACCUCAACCUCUGCCAUAGCCAGGACCUCAGGUGUCAGCCACCACACCGAGCUAAUUAUUUUUUUUUGUAGAGAUGGGGUCUGGCUCUUUUUCUCAGGCUGGUGUGUAGUAGGGGCACAGUCAUAGGUCAGUGUAACCUUCAACGCCUGGGUUGAAGGAAUCCUCCCGCCUCAGUUUCCCAAGUAACUGGGACUAUAGGUGUACACCACCAUGCCCAGCUAUUAUUAUUAUUAGUAGUCGUAGAAGUAUUAUGUCUGAGAUGGAGUCUCGCUCUGUCGCCCAGGCUGGAGUGCAGUGGCGCAAUCUCGGCUCACUGCAAGCUCUGCCUCCCAGGUUCAAGCGAUUCUUCUGCCUCAGCCUCCCGAGUAGCUGGGAUGACAGGCACCCACCACCACGCCCGGCUAAUUUUUGUAUUUUUAGUAGAGAUGGGGUUUCACCAUGUUGCCCAGACUGAUGUUGAACUCCUGAUCUCAGGUGAUCCAUCCGCAUUGGCCUCCCAAGGUGCUGGAAUCACAGGUGUGAGCCACCAUGCCCGGCCUCAAGCCAGUAUUUCCCUGGCCCUAAAUCAUUCCUGGCUGAGUCCCAGCCCAGUAGAGCCUGCCCCACAGCCCAGAGUCCAGCUGAAGUGUUCAAAACUUGUCAACCCUCAGCCGUUCCUCAGUCGUGUUGCCCCGUUCUGCGGAAGCCCCUUGAAGGCUGUGGCCUGGGCUGUUUCCUCGUUCAUUCCUGCCUCCCGAGCCAAACCCAGGAAUCCCCUUGUACCUCUGCGUGGUGUGGCAGCCUCUUCUCUCCGGAAGGGUCAGGAGUAAUUUCUUCUUUCAGUGGCCUCUCUGUGCUAGUCCCAGUCACCUCUGUGAAUUAAAGUCCUAUAGGUACACGGGAGACCACCCCACGGAAGGUGCCCCUGGUCCAUGUGGGAGAUUCGCACACAGGUUUUCUGCACAGGUUUCUUUCUGCCUCUGAAGCGUGAACGGUCCUAGUUUCAGACACAGAUCUUGCAAAUACCUUUUUUUUUUUUUUGAGAUGGAUUUUCCCUCUUGUUGUUCAGGCUGGAGUGCAAUGGCACGAUCUCAGCUCACUGCAACCUCUGCCUCCCGGGUUCAAGUGAUUCUCCUGCUCCAGCCUCCCGAGGAGCUGAGAUUACAGGCACAUGCCACCAUGCCUGGUUAAUUUUGUAUUUUUAUUUAUUUUUGAGACGGAGUUUCGCUCUCGUUGCCGAAGCUGGAGUGCAGUGGUGUGAUCUCGGCUCACUGCAACAUCCACCUCCCGGGUUCCAGCAAUUCUCCUGCCUCAGCCUCCUGAGUAGCUGGGAUUACAGGCACCUGCCACCACGCCCGGCUAAUUUUUAAUAUUUUUAGCAGAGACGGGGUUUCACCAUGUUGGCCAGGCUGGUCUCGAACUCCUGACCUCAGGUGAUCCGCCCACCUCGGCCUCCCAAAGUGCUGGGAUGACAGACGUGAGCCACUGCGCCCGGCCUAUACCUCAUUUUCUACAUUCCACUUGUUGGAGCCGGUGGUUCAAGUUCCCAGCCAGCCAAUGGAUGCCAGCGCCAUUUUUACUCCCCUUUCCCAAGCAAAUCCUGCAUUUCUUUGUCGAACGAGAGACAUCAGUUUCUCAGGAUGGUCCUCAAGAGGGUUAUCAAGUCCACGUUGGAAUAGGUUCUCUUUGGGACCUAAUGACUCAUUUUCCAAAAAUCCGCUUCUACUUUUGGUACCCAGUUGCCACGGUGAAAUGAAGGUGCCCCACAUCCAGAAAGACGCACUCCUGCCACAACCGCGGCUACCUCAGCCCCACGGUUCUGCCAGAUCAGGGCCCGGGCAGGCCCCGCAGAGAUGAAGGAAGAAUUUGCAGGGAGCCUCCCUGACUUCCGUCAGCUGUGAAUUCUUGUCUGUCAGGAGCGUAUCCACAAAAUCACCGAAUUCAUACAGAUCGUUUAAAUAAAUGAACAUCAUUAAAGUCAAA